AUGUCCCAGUUAAAGGUAAGGCUCUGCCCGCUGUCUGUUGCUGAAGGUCUGAAGGAGGUGAAGCUGCCCAGGAAGCUGUUGGCAGUGUCUGACGGAGAGGAGGUGGUGUUUGAGGAGAGUGAAUGGUUCCUCGUCAACAUGGUCAAGCUGCUGUGGAGGUACGGCCUGGACUACAUCCGGACAAAGAGCUGGCUGGACACUCACGUGCACAACUUCCUGAAGGUUUAUCAGCUCCAGGCCCGGGCUCAGUGCUCCAGGAGUGCAGAGAGGCUUCUGCAGCUGGCAGGGGGCCUGGAAUUGGCACAGCUCACCCAGCUCUCCAUCUCCGAUGCCUUGCGGGAGGCGGGCGUUGGCCAACUGUUCCUGGACGAGAUGGUCACCCCCAUCGUGCGGCUCACUUAUGGCCAAGACGCCAACGUCAGUGCCUUCGCGGGUAUGAUGGCCCUGACUGUGGUACACUCUGAGCUCUGGGCUGUGGAAGGAGGAAACAAGCUCCUGUGCUCUGGCCUGCUCUACUCAGCCAAAGUUAACCUCAUCAAAGGCAAGGUCACAGCAAUAAGCUCCAAGAGGCGGCUGCUACGCACUGGCGAAGAGCUGCUGCUGUACGAACUGAGCUAUGAGGACGGCCCGGGACGUGGUUAUGGUCUGUACGACAUUGUGGUGGUAACUGCGGGCGAGAUCUCUGGGAGCGGAGUACCCACUGUUCGGCGCCAGCCCAGGGUGGUCACUCUUGUCGAUGGUUGCUUGAACACUUCAUCCUUGGGGCACCGCAGCCGUGACCCUCUCCGAGACUCCCUCAUUCUCACCGCCUCCCGCUCUCCUCCCACUGUCAUGGCCGCUAUGGUGACCACGGGAGUCAGCUCCCUCCCUGAUCCCCUGCCCCAGCCUCCUUGUGCCCGGACCUGGAGGCUGCUAUCGGCCGAGCCUCUGACCCGGGAGACCCUGGGUCAUCUGUUCCCCUCCGCCCGGGCCGUACGCCAAUCCCAGUGGCUCUCCGGGGUUCCCAGUCCCAUCUCGGCUCGGCAGCGCCCCCCCUUCGUUGUCCACGGCCACCUUUACCACCUUAGGCCCUCAGAGGGCGCCACCGGGACCGCGGAGUUGGCCGUCAUCUGGGCCAAGAACGCCGCCAUGUUGGCACACCGCCGCUGGCACCGAGGCUCAGAGCGGGGAGGACGGAGUGCGGCGCGGGGGUCUCUCAGGCUGGAGCUCUGACGGGUCACCCCCCCCCCCCCUCCCCCACCAUCACCAUCGACGAGAGAGUCCGGGGGGAGGGGAGAGAGAGGAGGCAAACCCGACAGGAACGGCACACAUGAGAAUCCGCCCCAGCCCCUGCGGUGCCCACCUGACCUACACGGCCUGUCGCACUGGGCAUGCUCUCCCUGGCACAGGCAACACUGGCACAGUCCAGACCAGUGUCCACACCCUCUCACCCCAUCUCCCUGCCCUCACCAUCCCACCCCCCCUCCCAUCACAUUAUCUCCUCUGUUCUAUCCAUUUGAUGAGGGUGUCAUUGGGUAGACCCACAUUUAUUGGCCGUCCCUAAUUACCAGGGGGCUGCUGAGAGUUAGCCCCAUCGCUGUGGGUCUGGAGUCACGUGUAGGCCAGGCCAGGUAAGGAUGACAGUUUCCUUCUCUGAGGGACGUUCGUGAACCAGAUGGGGAUGUUUCCCCAUUGACAAUCAACAAUGGGUUCAUGGUCUUUGCUGGACUCUUCAAUCCUGGUUCUUAUUGACAGUUCAGAUUGCACCCUCAGCCAUGGUGGGGAAUCGAAAUCCCGGUUCCCCGGAACAUUCCGGAUUUCAGGGUCAUCGGGCCAGAUUUUGUUUGUUUGAAUGUGGACGUCCCCAUCUGCCCCAUUGACUGUCUUCCCCAACUCUCUCCAACUCGCCGAGUGUACCUGGGGUAAUGGCUCCUCUCUCCCCCAUCCCUCCAGCUCUCGUGUACGUGGUCACCUCCGGCAUUCCCUGCCCGGGCAUCUUCCCGAUUCCCUCCGGGCCUAGAUGUUCCCUCGGAAUUCCGGACUGGGAUCUUCCAGACUGCUGUUCUCCUGGUACCUCCCAGCUGUUGGGAAUCUCCCUCUCAGGCGUGUUCCCAGAGGCUGGGGUAAGGGAGAGGGAGAGGACCCACUCCCUGUGGGUGACUGGGCCCACUCUCCAUUCCCUGGAUCCAGGGCCUCACUGCUUGGAAGUUCCCGGAUCAGCCCCAGCACGGCCCACAUCCUUCCAUUGGUAAACCUCCCUCUCUGUAGCUGCUGUUGGUGAAGGGUAGCAUCCAGUCCUGGGGGAGUCGCUGUGCUUCACAGAAUGGGCACCACCCAGAGCCAGGCCACUCAGCCCGUCCUGUCCCUGCUGAGCCUGACUCUGGGCCUCUCCCUGUGCUCCUACCGUUUGGGAAGAUGGUCCCACUGAAUUUGGAAAGGUGCGUCUGUCCCCCUCCCUGUGUCCACACUCCCACCCCUCACUGGCCACCAACCAUCUUCCUCAGAGAGCUCCCUCGUCCCUCCCCACCACUGGGAAGGUUUUCUCGGGUUCUAUCCAUGCUGACCUUCACACGGAGAAUGGUACUGACCUCCCCAGGCUGUCUUUCCUACGGACACCGCUCGCCCCUUUCACCCAUCCUUAUCUAUCACCCUCCCUCAUUAUUCCUCAGGUGCAGGCCCCGGAACUGGGUACGCUAUGAUCGGGCCUGCAUCGAGAUCUGGGUGAUGGGCCGGAAACGGAGAGUGAGGAUAGGGUGGGAAGGGGCUCUCCAUCCAGUGGGCUCUCACACGGGUCAGUGUCGGGACCACAGCUGUGCGUCAAUGACUGGGAGGCAGCAAGGGAACGGACUGCAGCCACAUUUCCAGCUGAUACAGAGACAAGUGGAAAACCAGCCUCUGAGAGGGACUCAGACAGUUUCCAGAGAGAUAUUGAAAGGGGGUCAAUCGACAAUUGGAGUGUCAUGUGGGAAAAUGUUGGAUUGUCUAAUGAGCAGAAGCAAAGUACGUUGGGACUUGACUCACUGGAGCUUAGAAGAAUGAGAGGUGAUCUCACUGAAACAUACAGGAAUCUUAACAGGGUUGACAGGGUAAAUGCUGAGUGGAUGUUUCCAUGCUGGGAGAGCCAAAGAUCAGACAGCAUGGUUGCUAAAUAGAGGUGUGCCAAUUUCAGACUGAGAUGAGAUGGCACCUCUUCUCUCAGAGGGCUGAGAGUCUUUGGAACUCCUUACCACAGGGAGGUGUGGGGGCAGAGUCCUUGUGUCUAUUUAAGGCUGAGAUAGAGAGAUUCUUGAUUCAUCGGGGACUCAAGGGUUACGGGGGAAACGCAGUCAGGUGGACGUGAGGAGUGUGAUGAAACGACAAAGCAGGUUUGAAGGGCUGAAUGGCCUCCUCCCAUUCCAGUUCCCUGUGGUCCCCCGACAGACGGAGUACCUGCGUUCAAUCUGCCCUUUAAGUCUUAAAAAGGAAAGUUUGUUCAUGUGUCUGCACCACUGAGAAAAGGCCCUUUGGCCCAUCAGAUCUGUGCUGUCCAAAACAACGGCCUCACUGUUCGAAUCCUAUUUCCCAGCCCUUGGCCAAUAGCCUUGCCUGUCUGGUCAUCUCAAUCCUUCCCCAGUGUGAAAGAGGUCCCUGCCUCUCCCACCCUGACAGGCUCCAGAUUCUCCACCACUCUCUGAGUGAAAGCAGUUAUUUCUCACAUUACCCCCCCCCCCCACCGCCUUCCUUUAAACCUAACUCCCUCUGGUCAGUGGUCUCUCUGUCUGGGGGAAAUGUCCUGUCUACACCUGCCACAAUUUUAUCCAUCUCGAUUACCUCUCCUCUCAACCUUCCUUCGCUCUUUGGACAACAACUCCCAGUCUGUCCAACCCCUCCCCAUGACUGAGAGUCUCCACCCUCCAACCCCCCCAGCCAAGGUUCUGUUGUGGUAAAUCUCCCUCUGCACUCUCUCCAGCGCGUUCACACCCCAUAGUAUCCAGAGCGAUGUCUUCAAGUUUCACAGCAGUCAGAUUUGCUGAUGCUGGUCAUGAUUCGGAGGUGCCCAGUGUUGGACUGGGGUGUACAAAGUUAAGAUCACACAA